GCCCCGUCGGCGGGACGAGUCAUUUCCGUCCGCCAGGAGCCGAGCGAGCGGCCGGCGGAGCUGCGGGCGGGCCCUCCCCGGUCGGCAGCGGGAGCGAGCCCAGGCGGCGGGCGCGGGCAGGCGCCCAGGAUGGCCGAGGGGGAGGCGCAGGGCCGCCUGUGGCUGGAGAGCCCCCCUGGGGGGCCGCCCCCCAUCUUCCUUCCCUCGGACGGUCAAGCUCUGGUCCUAGGCCGGGGACCCCUGACCCAGGUUACCGACCGGAAGUGCUCCAGAAACCAAGUGGAGCUGGUCGCGGACCCUGAGACUCGGACCGUGGCAGUGAAGCAGCUGGGAAUUAACCCCUCAACUGCCGGGACGCAGGUGCUGAACCCGGGGUCCAAGGGCUCUCUGGGGGUGGGGGACACGCUGUAUUUGGUCAACGGCCUCCACCCGCUGACCCUGCGCUGGGAAGAGGCCCGCACGGCAGAAUCCCAGCCAGACACUCCACCUGGCACACCUCCGGCGGCCCCAGACCACAAGGAGGAUGUUGAGCAGCCCAAGAAGCGGAUACGGAAGUCAUCCCCCGGCUGGGAGAGCUUCGAGAAGCUGCUGGUGUUCACAGCACCUGGCGUGAGGCCCCGGGGCAAGGUGGCCGGCUUUGAUCUGGAUGGGACCCUCAUCACCACACGCUCCGGGAAGGUCUUUCCCACCGGCCCCAGUGACUGGAGGAUCUUGUACCCAGAGAUUCCGCGGAAACUGCGGGAGCUGGAUGCCGAGGGCUACAAGCUGGUGAUCUUCACCAACCAGAUGGGCAUCGGGCGCAGGAAGCUGCCAGCGGAGGAGUUCAAGGCCAAGGUGGAGGCCGUGCUGGAGAAGCUGGGGGUCCCCUUUCAGGUGCUGGUGGCCACGCACGCCGGCUUGUACCGGAAGCCGGUGAUCGGCAUGUGGGACCAUCUGCAGGAGCAGGCCAACGAGGGCGUGCCCAUCUCCAUCAGGGACAGUGUCUUCGUGGGAGACGCAGCUGGACGCCCAGCCAACUGGGCCCCCGGGCGGAAGAAGAAAGACUUCUCCUGCGCCGACCGCCUGUUUGCCCUCAACCUUGGCCUGCCCUUCGCCACGCCCGAGGAGUUCUUCCUGAAGUGGCCGGUGGCCGGCUUUGAGCUCCCAGCCUUCGAUCCGAGGACCAUCUCCCCCUCCGGGCCGCUCUGCCUCCCUGAGUCCAGCUCCCUCUUGAGCUCCGACCCCGAGGUGGUUGUCGCCGUGGGAUUUCCAGGGGCUGGCAAGUCCACGUUCCUCCAGGAGCAUCUCGUGUCGGCCGGAUACGUCCACGUGAACAGGGACACUCUGGGCUCGUGGCAGCGCUGUGUGACCGCGUGCGAGGCAGCUCUCAAGCAGAGGAAGCGGGUCGUGAUCGACAACACAAACCCAGACGUCCAGAGCCGGGCCAGGUACGUCAAGUGCGCCCAGGACGCGGGGGUCCCCUGCCGCUGCUUCCUCUUCAGCGCCUCCCUGGAGCAGGCGCGCCACAACAACCGGUUCCGGGAGAUGAGCGGCUCCCCGCACGCGCCCGUGUCCGACGUGGUCAUGUUCGGCUACAGGAAGCAGUUCGAGGCACCGACGCUGGCCGAAGGCUUCUCGGCGAUUCUGGAGAUCCCGUUCCGGCUGCGCCUGGAGCCGCGGCUCGAGCGCCUGUACCGCCAGUUCUCCGAGGGCUGAGCCGCCCCGCCCCCAAUAAAUGCUCUUUUUCUUU